AUGUUGAAGAGUUUGUACAAAGAGCUCCAGAAGGAGCUUUUGGUUGCUCACAGAAAGUCAUAUGCUGUUCACUGGAAGAAGAAUUUGGAGAAAAAUAAGGCAAAACUUAUGUACACCAAAUUACAACUAAUCAAAUCGAGAAAACCAACCGGAGAAGUUGAAGCACAAAUCAAGGCUCUCGAGAGUGGAAAGAUAGAGUAUCCGCCUUUAAAGACAGAAGGUGUCCGCGAACUUGUGGAUUCAGAUAAUGAUAUUGCUAACUUAAAGAAUGUGAUCACUUACUUGAGGAAUCAAAGAGUUUACAAUGAGCUCCUUGAGAGAUAUAGCCCUGGUUUGACCAUGUCACAGGAAGACAAUGUGAGAAAAACAGCAAAUAUGGUCGGUUUGGCAGUCCCUGAGAAUUGA